AUGGCCUCAAUCCGCGUGCUGAGAGUGUUGGGCUUGGCUUCUGUUGCCACAGCAGCAUCUGAGUUUGGUGGCCGGCUCGAAUGCCACAUUAGGCCGCGGAGUAUGGUCACAAACUGCGGUGGGGCCCACGAUCACCUUUCGGACGUCAGCAUCAACUUGGUUCCAGACCCGAUCUCCCGCACCACGCCCUUCACGCUGACACUCAGUGGCACGCUGGACGAGGACCUUACUGGCGGAGAGCUUGAUGUGUCCCUGGAGGUCCGUGCUUUGCGCGUCAUCGACAAGGCAGUCAAUGCGAAGACUUCGUACUCCCUGUCUCCUGGGGUAGCGAAGGGGCCCAUGAAAAUUGUGAUUGGACCCGUCACGCUGCCGCAAGACCCGGGCGAAGCGCUGUUGAAGGGGCAGGUUUCUGUGAAGAACACCAAGGGGGAACCUGUGGCAUGCAUUGCCGUGGACAUCGAGGUGCCUCUGGCAGAGACGCCCUUGACGCAGCAGGAAGAGAUGCCUCCUGUUAUGGAGCAGAACACCUUUUGCAACAAGCCGACUGAUCACCUCAAGAACGCUUCCGAGACACAGACUGGCGAGGUGACGCAGCUGUCUGGCACUUUGGAUGAGGACUUAGACAGCAUUGUGGCGCACGUCAACUUGGAUGUGAAGGCGCUCUUUGUGAAGCUGCCUCUGAAGCUGAGCGUCCCAGUGUCCUUCAGCCCGGCCUUGCCAAAGGGGGAUUGGAAGCUUUCCUUUCACGAGCUGUCCGCCAAGCAGCGUGAGGUGCUUGGGAGUCCCGUCAAGGUGGAGGGCCAGAUCGUCGUCGACGACUCCAAGAACGAGGAGGUGCUUUGCGUGGAGGUCGCCAGCAGCCAGGUGCGGGAUGCGGAGGUCAUCGUCUGA